UUUCAUUUUCUUUUUCUUUUUCUUUUUCUUAAUGCACAAUUUCUAUCAUUCUUAAAAAACAUACAUAUUCUUUGUGUUACAAGAUUGCCUUUGGUCCGUGCUUGCUUGUGAGAUUACCCUCCGGAAGAGAUGUCUCAGCCCGGGAAUAGUCUGCGGGGCGUUGUCUUUGGUGGGAAUCCCCCAGCAGGGCCGAGGUUAAAGAGGCUCCGCGAGUCCAAGAGCUCGGCUGGGGCCUCCACCAAAUCUCCGGCUAAGGAGAAGGAGAAAGCCCCGCCAUCCCAGGUCGCGGGGGCGAACCUCCCUGUUGCCAGGACAGGGCUCAUGCACCCGCCACCCCAACGAUCUCCACUAGCCGCCCAGGACGGGGUAAUAGAGGUCGGGAAUCUGGCGGCGGCAGCCCCAGAUGUGCGUAUCUCGGUCGACCCCCGGGCCUUGGAGAAGAUUCCCGAAGCAUUCCGGGGUACGGUGUAUGAGUCGGCUAGCUACGCCGUCAACCAUUUCUACAAUAUCAGGGAGAAGGAGCUCCGGGCCAUCGAAACAACGAGCCCGGUCCGAGUUGUAGAGUCUGCGAUGGACAUGACCUUAACGGGCAUUGCUGCCGCGUACAGAGGCAUUGUUAGGACCAAGGCCCAGCUCGAGGGUUUGGAAGCUGAUCGCCAGACCGCCCUCCAGGAGUCUCAGGAGGCAAGAGACGCGCUGGCGGCCUCUAAAGCCGAGCUAGAGAAGAUCCGCUCCGAAAACCAAGAGCUUAAAAACUCCCUGGCCGCAUCGCGGACAGAUCUUGAGGUGGCGAAGGCCGAAGCCCAGGCCUCCCAGGCCGCCCUGAAAGCCGAGCGGGUCGUCUCGGAGCAGUCCUUACAAGACCUUUUCUAUCACUGCUGGUCCCACAAUCCGGACGCGGACUUUUCUUUCAUGCCGCCGGACCUCUGGGCAUUCUUGUUGCCGCAGCUCCAAGCCCGCCUAAAUAAGGAGGUUCCUCCAUCAGAGACUGGAGAGGCCUCUGUCGCGGCGGAGCAGGAUGAGACCGCGACCUCCAAAGGGCCAACUGAUGGGGCUUAGGACACUUCUCGUUUAAGUAUUUUGAACUCUUUCUAUUGUAAUUCUCUUUUUUUCGUGAGGCGUUUCCGCCUCGAGACAAUUUGCUCAGCCAGUUUGACAUAUAUAUUUUUAUGCAUUUGG